UACGACUUUCCUCCUCCCCGGCGGGUAGUCCGCAGCUGGCAGGCGAGCGGCUGAGCGCUGUUAGCGGGUCUGCUGUCUCCCCGGCCUCCUGCUCGAGGGCACAGCCAUGAGGCAUCCCCGCCUGUCCAAAUCGGCGCAAUAAAGUUCGCGCAGGAUGGAGCUGCCCGGCGCCUCGCUGCAGAAAGCUUGCCGCCUCCUUGUGGUCUUCUGUGUCCUCCACCUCUCGGCUGUGGUCCUCUAUUACCUGAGAGGCAACACGCUCAACAACCACCGGAGCCCGGAGCCACCGCCUCGCAGCCAAACCUUCGCCCGCCGGGAGUCGGAGGCGCUCCUCCCGGGCAAUAUCUCAAAGCCCGGUGCAGACUGCCCCGACCCUUCCCCUUUGCUGAUUGGUCCAUUGCGUGUGGAGUUUUCACAAGCUGUGAAUUUGAAGAAUGUGGAGGAGGAAAAUCCGGAACUCAGGGAAGGAGGCCGCUAUACCCCAAAGGACUGCAAAGCACUUCAGAAAGUGGCAAUUAUUAUCCCAUUCAGAAAUCGAGAUGAACACUUGAAAUACUGGUUGCUUUAUCUUCAUCCAAUCCUGCAAAGGCAACAGCUUGAUUAUGGGGUCUAUGUGAUUAAUCAGGAUGGACAAGAAACAUUUAAUCGUGCAAAGCUUCUGAAUGUAGGCUUCACAGAAGCUUUGAAAGAAUAUGAUUAUGACUGCUUUGUAUUUAGUGAUGUGGACCUAAUCCCAAUGGAUGACAGGAAUAUCUAUAAGUGUUACGACCAGCCCAGGCACCUCUCUGUAUCUAUGGAUAAAUUUGGAUUUCGCUUACCUUACAAUCAAUAUUUUGGAGGUGUGUCUGCUUUAAGUAAGAAGCAAUUCCAAAAAAUCAAUGGGUUUCCCAAUAAUUAUUGGGGCUGGGGUGGUGAAGAUGAUGACAUUUAUAACAGAUUGGUCUUUAAAGGCAUGGGGAUUUCCCGCCCAGAUGCUGCAAUUGGAAAAUGUCGAAUGAUUCGCCACGUAAGAGACACUAAAAAUGAGCCCAAUCCACAGAGGUUUAACAAAAUUGCUCAUACAAAGGAAACAAUGAAAUCAGAUGGGCUAAACUCUCUGACUUACACCGUAGUAAAAACUGAUAAAUUUCGAUUAUAUACAAAAAUCACAGUGGAUAUUGGAUCACCAAAAAGCUAGUGUGGCAGAAAUGCAAUAGAAGACUUGGAGUAUGCAACCUGUGACAGUUCAAUCUUUCAGCAUUUUAUAACUGAUUUUAUUGCAAUCAACUUGAAAGAAGAACACUUGUUUUUUCAUCCUGAGACCCUGCAAUUGGCAGGACAAAAGAGAAUUUUAAUCCCAAAUGUCACUGUAAAAAUCUUCUUUUCAUUUUUUUUAAACUUUACAAACAAUAAAUAGAAGUUGUAAAUAUAUGAAUUUUCAGGGAAUGGUGGAGACUUAGGUGCUCAAUCCCCUUGGAAGUUCUCCCACGCAGGCAUUACAGAAAAGAAUGAAAGUUGUAUUGAAGCACUUCUCUCUCUCUCGUUUUCAGAAAGCUCUCUUUUAUUUCAGGGGGCUAACCCAAGAAGGAUUCCUAGUGGAUUGAGGCCUACUGGGGAGCUCUCCACUUUAAAAUAAUGAGGGUCACAAUUUGGGAACAUUAGUGUUUCCAAAUUGUGAGGUAUUCUGCAGUGGUAAGUAAUUUCCCUUUCUUCCUGCUCCUCCCCCAAUUUAAUUUAAACAUUAGGUCACUAUGAAAAUUCACUGCUGCGGGUAUAGGAGGAAGGACUGGAAAAUACUGCUUAAAGUCAUUUGAAUUUAUGUACUUUAUCUCCCCUUCACGUUGACAGGAUUGUUCCUUCUUGUUUGUAACCUCACUGGGAGGAAGGGGAGGAAGAACUGCAAUCCUCAAAACAAACAGCUUUGUAUUCUGUCCUGCUGGCACAGGGAUUUAAAUAAUACAGGCCUCUUUACCCAGAAGUAUAUCUGCAAGCCAAAACCUUCCGACCAUGAUCUUGAAUAUAUGCAGGUGGCGUUAGCUUGCUUGAUCUAACAGGACAGUCAGCCCAGUCCUUAACCUGGGCUCAUUGCAUCAUGGGGAGAAAGUAUGAGUGAAACAGUUUGUAUCAUAGCUAUUUUUAUGCAAAAACCAAUCGCUUUAGGCUACUAAUCAAAGCUCCCUAAUUUUUGCUGGAUCCAACUGGGUGGCUGUGGGGAAAUCAGGUUAAAAUAUGCACUAUAACUGAGGUCAUGCAGCACUCCUUCCCUUAGGUAUAGAAAGGAGCAAGGGUGCACCCAGGUCUGGCACUCGGGGCCAAAGCAUUACAAUGUGGCCUGUGAAUAUCAGCUUCAGAGAUACAGGCGAUGCUGAUAGCUGGAAGGUACAGUUCAUGGGUUGAUUCAUUGAGGUACAGUGUUGAUAGGCCAGCAACACCAGCCUUAGCUUGCGGGCUACUACUACUUGAAAAUGAGCCAAUUCAUAUUCUAGAAGUAUUUAAAUAGGACAAAGCCUGUGUGUAAUGCUCACGCAGAUGGCCUGCGUCACAUCUGUUUUUGAAUGAAGCUGAAGGUUGUGAGAAAUACCUCUGUUUCUGUGGAACACUGAUGGGGUUCCUCCCAAGCUAAUUCUGCAGAGUCGCCUUUGUCUCAAGAAACAAGACCAGGGAAAACAGAACAUUUGGCAAGAGUGGGACAGCAUUACUCUCCAUCUGACCAGAACUUGUCUACUCUGAGUAAGUCUCCUGGGAUUUCCUCUUCCUUAGGAGAGCAACUAUGAGAAGUUAUGCUUCCAGUUUUCUCUGAAGUAUAGCUGGUGGAGGGAGCCAUUCAGUUUUCCAAAUAAACAAAACAAAGCUCUUGCUGAGUUAAAACCUAUAGAUGGGGCUCAGCCUUCUAACAAAGCUGGGAGGAAAAAUGUCCUAGGCCUAUUGGGACCAUUUAUCGCCAGAGUUGGUAUGCUUGCCUGUCGUACUGUGGUGUAAAAUUUACACCUAUCCAGGUUGUGGUAGGAGCACAGAAGUGAAAGCGAGAAUAGACCCUGCAGUGAAGCCAAAGACUUUUGGGCAAAAAAUCGUCACCCCUUCAAAUUGUAAGCAAUAUGCAGCUUGCAAGGAAUAAGGCCAAGUCAGAGGUAAAUGAUAAUCUGAAGAUUUGGGGUGCACUGACUAGUUUACCAGAAAUCCUUUAUGGAAGCAGGGAAAAUAGGACUUCAUUCAGAAGUCCUUUGCUCUACUUGGCAGCCUGCACUGUCUCGAGAAAUUGUAGCAGAGAAGUAUGCCAGCAACUGGUAGCAUAACCUCUAAGGUAAUAGAAUAGUUCAGAUGGAAUUCUUCAGUGAAGCCCAUUCUUGACACUGCAAAACAAACAGAAUUCACCUAAGGACCAGUGUAUUGCCAGAUUGCCUUACAUGUGAAUGGUAAGCUUCAUUUUGUUUUCUACUGCUCUAACACAGUUUUUUUCUUACUGGAGAGUGGCAAAUGCUCUGCUAUUCUGGGUUUAUAAAGUACCUUUUUGUUUUUAAAAUAUUUCAUCAGAAAUGUUUACUAUUGUAAAGGCCUAAAUGUUGCAGAAUAUCAAACAACGGUAUUUUUCUCUCAGUGUUUUGUGUGAAACUUGAAGUGUGCUGCUGGAUUUUACUGCUAAAACUUGUUAGCAAAAUAUUAUAGGGGAAUUGGGCUAAGGCAACUGCACCAUAAAAUGGCAUGUUAGUACCAUCAGCUUAAGCUGCGGGCAACAUCAUGUUUUAACUAGAUUUAUAGUUAAACCUAGUUUGAUUUAUAGAAUCUACCUUCACAAGAAUGUUCAGUUUCUUCAUUAGCUGCUGCUUAAAUGGUAGCAAAGAUGUGCCUUGGAAACAUGUUCAUCUCCGUGUCUGAAAUAUCAUAAAUUACGGCCUGUUGGGAUCUUGUCAUUUCUCCCACUCCAUUUUGUUGAUGGGGAGAGAGUGAAGCAUGGCUUGAUGAUCAAAGUAAAAUUUGCAUCCCAGAACUCAA